CACCUCCUUGGAGCGAGGUAGUAGGAGCACCGAGCACCGGAGGCGGUACCGGGAUCCCGGCUAAGGGGAGGGGAGCGCCGGACCCGGAGGAGGGGAGGGGGCGAUGCUGGAAGCCAUGGCGGAGCCCAGUCCCGAAGAUCCACCUCCGACCCUUAAGCCAGAGACACAGCCACCAGAGAAACGCCGGAGAACAAUUGAGGAUUUCAACAAGUUCUGCAGUUUUGUCUUGGCCUAUGCGGGUUACAUCCCCCCUAGCAAAGAGGAAAGUGACUGGCCAGCCUCUGGCUCCAGCUCUCCAUUGCGAGGUGAGAGUGCAGCAGACAGUGAUGGCUGGGACUCAGCCCCGUCAGAUCUCCGAACCAUCCAAACCUUUGUUAAGAAAGCAAAAUCAUCCAAGCGAAGGGCAGCUCAAGCAGGUCCCACCCAGCCGGGACCUCCAAGGGCCACCUUCUCUCGCCUGCAGUCCCCUGACAGUGCCACUCUGCUCGAGAAGAUGAAGCUCAAGGACUCUCUCUUUGAUCUGGAUGGGCCCAAAGUGGCAUCUCCACUAUCUCCCACAUCCCUGACACAUGCCUCUCGGCCCCCUACUGCUCUCACCCCAGUGUCCCUUUCCCAGGGGGACCUCUCCCAACCUUCUCGAAAGAAGGACCGAAAGAACCGAAAGUUGGGGCCGGGAGGGGGGGCUGCCUUUGGUGUGCUUCGGAGGCCUCGGCCAGCCCCGGGGGAUGGGGAAAAGAGGUCUCGAAUUAAGAAGAGCAAGAAACGGAAGUUGAAAAAGGCAGAGCGAGGGGAUAGACUCCCACCUCCUGGGCCUCCCCGGGCACCCCCCAGUGAUACAGACUCUGAAGAGGAGGAGGAGGAAGAAGAGGAGGAGGAGGAGGACGAGGAGGAGGAGAUGGCAGCAGCGAUAGGGGGUGAAGCCCCGGCCCCUGUAUUCCCAACACCCCCUGAAGCUCCUAGGCUCCCUGCCACAGGGCCCCCUGAAGUAGCCCCUCCCACUGACAGUGAAAGCAAGGAAGUGGGCAGCACUGAAACAAGCCAAGACGGAGAUGCCAGCUCCAGUGAGGGCGAGAUGCGGGUCAUGGAUGAGGAUAUCAUGGUGGAAUCAGGUGAUGACUCAUGGGAUCUCAUCACGUGUUACUGCCGAAAGCCCUUCGCAGGGCGGCCCAUGAUCGAGUGCAGCCUGUGUGGGACGUGGAUCCACCUCUCCUGUGCUAAAAUUAAGAAGACCAAUGUCCCUGACUUCUUUUACUGCCAGAAAUGCAAGGAACUGCGGCCAGAGGCCCGGCGGUUAGGGGGCCUCCCCAAAUCUGGAGAGCCCUGACAUCGUCAAGUCCAGGCUGGAACUUCCAAUUGACAACAUGACUUGGGAACUGAGCCUCAGGGUCCUCAGCCCAUCCCCUGGGGCUUGGACAUUGUCCCACUUCAAGGCAGAAAUUCCCAAGGGAGGUUUGUUUGGAAGGUGUCUCAUGGUGGUCCUGCCCUGCCUUCCUCCCCACCCUCUGGACUUGAACUUGGAUCCAUUGCAGUUGGGGGUCAGAGGUUGUCUGGGUCCCUAGACACAAAAUCCCUGCCUCUGGACCUGCCGCCCCUCACUUUUUGGGCCAGGGUUGAAACUGGGAUGGGAUGAGGCAUUGUCUGUAAACUCUAGUGUAAAUACAGCACUCCCCUCCUUCAUCUUUUCUUCUCCUAUUUCACUCCCUGUUUAUUUUCUUCUGUACCAGUUGUAUUUUUAAUUUUGGGCUUCCCCUUUUGGGCAUGGUAGCUCAAAGGUGGAAUACCAGAGUCUGGAGGGAGGAAGGAACGUAGAAAGGUGACAUUUCUCUCACUCACCUCUUUUGUUUUUAAUAAUAUUAGACAGCUGUAUAGACAGCCUGCCUGUUGUAAAUAAAGCAGAAUGGGCUCUUUUGUGUUUAUA